AUGCCGUCCACAAGCCUGAACACCGCGGUUCGCACCGCACUCAUCACCGGAAGCACGGACCCACAAGCCAUAGGAUUCACCGCCGCUCGCCUCUUGGCCCUCGAGCACAACUUCAACAUCGUGCUCAGCGGGAGACGAGGUGAGGCGGUAGACCAAGCCGUCAAGAAGCUCUCUAGCGAUCUCGAUUCCGCCUCCUCUUCCGCCAAAGUCUUUGGUCUCGUGCUCAACGUCGACGACAAGGCUUCCAUCGACUCGGCCGUCGAUCAGCUCUCAUCUGCCACCGGCCCGCUUUCCGGUGGUGCGCUCGACGUGCUCAUCAACAAUGCCGGUGUAGGUGCUCCACCCGGACGAGGCGGCAAAGGAACCAACAACAUGUUCCUCCAGACCGAGCUCACCACUGCCGAGGAUAUGGUCAGCGUUCUCACCACAAACGUCGCUGCCCCCGUCGCCGUCACCAACGCCCUUCUCCCGCUCCUGGCCAAGUCCGAUCGACCGCGUAUCGUCAACAUCUCGUCUGCUCGAGGAUCCAUCGCGUUCGGCAGCGGUUUGGAACCGGCCCGUACAGGUGCCAUGGUGUACAACACCUCCAAAACCGCCCUCAACAUGGUCACCCUCAUGCAGAGCAAGAACCUCGUCCAACACACCAAAACCAACCUCAAGGUCAACGCUGCUUCGCCCGGUCACGUCAAGACGCCCUUUAACAAUUUCACUGGGUUGAGGACGUUGGAGCAAGGCGCUGCUGUCUAUGUACAUCUGGCCACUUUGGAUGACGAUGGGCCGAGUGGACAGUUGAUCGGGAACCAUGCGCCCUUUUCGAGCGAUGGAGAGUUUGUACAGAUUCCUUGGUAG